AUGCCACCUCCCCGAAUUCAGGAAGCCAUCGAGGAGAUCUGUGCGGCCACUGCAGCACAGGGGUCACGCCUGUGGAUCGAUGCAGAGCAGCAAGUUUUCCAAUCAGCCAUCGACAACUGGACCAUUGAUCUGAUGAGGCAGUUCAAUCGACGGGGGCACGUGGUUGUCUUCAACACGAUCCAAGCGUACCUGAAAUCGUCAGCAGAGAACGUCAGUCGCCAUCUCAAACUUGCACAAGCCGAAGGAUGGACAUUGGGAAUCAAGUUGGUCCGAGGCGCCUACAUUGCCCAUGAUUAUCGAUCGAGAAUCCACGACAACAAGGCCGCCACGGAUAGUAACUAUAACCACAUUGUACAGUCUCUGCUCACGCGCCAGUUUCCAACAGGCGCCUCAGCUUCCCCGCACAUGUUCCCAGAUGUUUGCUUGUUCGUGGCGACGCAUAACGCGGAAAGCGUCCGAAAAGCCUAUUCGCUGGCGAGGUACCGGAUGCACAACAAACUCCCGACAAUUCCUGUUGAACUAGGUCAACUGCAGGGUAUGGCGGAUGAGGUGAGCUGCGAGCUAUUGGCACAGAAGUUUGCAAGUGAUGUCACCGCGGGGCAGAGCCGGGGGCAAUCUGCAGAGCCAGGAGUCUUCAAGUGUUUGGCCUGGGGAUCUCUAGAAGAGUGCCUCCAUUUCCUACUGCGCAGGGCAAUCGAGAAUCAGUCCGCCAUGGAGAGAACUCGGCACACGGCUGUUGCGCUGAGAAAGGAAGCAUGGCGACGGAUUGCCUGGUAG